GAGAAGAGGAUUCUUAACGGAAUUACCUUACAGCAAGGACAGACUGCCAGGACAGACUGCCUACAGACCCAACAGGAACCCCGACCCUAAAGACUUCUGGCGUUGGAGAAAUGGAGGCUGAAGAGCAGCGCUUUCCUAUACUAAGGCAAGUCCUGCUUCUCUUUGUUUUCCUGGCUCAGACUUGGGCGGAGCAUGAAGGUUAUAGUGUCGUAGAAGAAACGGCCACUGGAUCUUUUGUGGCCAAUCUAGCAAAGGACAUAGGGCUAGAGGUAGGAAUGCUGUCUUGGCGGAGGGCUCGGGUCAUUUUUAACAACAACAAAAAACACUUUCAGCUGAACCUUCAGACUGGAGAUUUACAAGUAAAUGAGAAAUUGGAUCGGGAAGAACUGUGUGGUCCCACGGAGCCUUGCAUGCUGCAAUUCCAGGUGUUACUGGAAGAACCUUUGGAGGUAUAUAGGUUUAAGCUUUUGGUUAGUGACAUAAAUGACAAUUCACCUGUGUUUCCAGAAGCAGAAAUGACUUUGAAAAUAAUGGAAAAUACUCUUCCAGGGACUCUGUUUCCCCUAAAAAAUGCACAAGAUUUAGAUGUAGGCAUCAAUAACAUUCAAAAGUACACCAUCUACCCCAACUCCCAUUUCCACGUUCUUACCCGAAAUGGCAGUGAGGGCAGAAAAUACCCAGAGCUGGUUCUGGACAAAGCCCUAGAUCGUGAGGAACAGCCUGAGCUCAGGUUAACUCUCAUGGCGGUAGAUGGGGGAGUGCCUCCCAAAAGCGGCACCGCGCUGGUCCUCAUUGAUGUCUUGGACAUCAAUGACAACACCCCUGAAUUUGUGCAGCCACACUACCAUGUGCAGAUCCUGGAAAACAGUCCUCUGGGGUCCCUUGUUGUCACUGUUUCCGCUAGAGAUUUAGACAUGGGAAUAAAUGGCGAAAUAGUCUACUCAUUUUUUUCUGGUGAUGAAGAAAUUACUAGGACAUUUGCACUUAAUGAACUAACGGGAGAAAUUAAAAUAAUUAGGACACUAGAUUUUGAAAAAAUUGUGUCAUAUGAGGUGGAUAUUAAGGCGUCUGAUGGGGCAGGUCUUUCUGGAAAAUGCACUGUCAUAAUACAGGUGGUGGAUAUAAACGACAACGCCCCAGAAUUAACGGUGGCUUCAUUUGUAAGCUCCAUCCCAGAAAAUUUCCCGGAAACUACAAUAGCUCUUUUCAGCGUUCAAGAUCGAGACUCUGGGGAAAAUGGAAGAAUGGUUUGUUCCAUCCAGGAAGAUGUUCCUUUCACGCUGAAACCUUGCGUG